AAACAUCAACAAUAAGCACCAGCAACGUUAACUCCUGACUAUAACUCCUGACUAUUAAUUACUACGUAGAAUAGCCUACAUACCUGGCGCCCAUUAUGCCACUAUUUGAGUGUAUAAACUCCUAAGACAGAUUCCUCCGUCAAAUCGUAGUCGGGCUAUGGUGUCUCAUACUUUGAUGGUCGCUACCUAGGUUACGCCUCUCCCUCAAACAAGAUGCGCAUAAAACCCUCCAUACCCGUGACGAUCUAAGCCUCUCGAUCUAUUUUUUUUUAUAUAGGUUUCAAUACCUAAUUCUUAUUUAUACGCGUCACGAUGAUUCCUACUACUUCGGAGAAAGCGAUCUCCGAUUAUACGGGCAGUCUUCAUGAUAUCACAGACUGCUUGGAUGAGCGGGAGACCAGUCCAGCUCAAAAGGAUCAGCCAAAGCUCAAGUGGUCAAUCAUUCUGCUAGCUUUUCUCUCGUGUAUUUGGGCGUCCAGGUUGGAUUACCCGGAUCUAAUCGCGGAUUCAAUCUGGAUCCCUUCAGGGUGCAAGAGUUUCAUUCGGUCAGACCUAAAGCGACAACAAGAAUCACCCACUGCGACGGCAAAUGUAUUGGAAUGCUUUCAAGUCGCGCAGCCAGUGACGACUCUGGACAACGAGUAUUUCUACCCGACAGCUAGUAAUGAGUCCGAACCAGCUGCGGAUGGCUCUCCGCACAAGGCGUGCUCAGCCUUGUUGAUGGAACAUGUUUUUGCAUUCAGCUACGGCAUGCCUUUUGUUGGAAACUAUACUCCGCCAAACUGUACAUUUAACCGAGUCAUCAUGAAUUUUACUGUUGUAUCUUCAGGUCGCCAGUUUGAUCGCCUGGCGUUGAUGUACUUCGGGGAUACGGAGGUAUGGCGGACCUCAACCGCAGAACCCACACAGCCCCCCGGUAUCCGUUGGACCUUCAUGAAAGACAUGACUGAAUAUUUGUAUUUUUGGAAAUCCCCUCAGAAGUUGAUCUUCGAUUUGGGCAACUUGGUUAACGACAAAUAUACGGGGUCAUUCAACGCUACUCUUACCGCUACGUUCUUCCAGGCCGACGUUAACCCAGACGCGGCUCCUCCGGCUGACCUAAUUAUCCCCAUAUCUGCGAGGAAAGGAGCGGCCAAUGGAGCUAGUCAUUUUACGUUGCCAGCUGAUAACGCGACGAGCACGAUCGCAUUUCCUCAACACGCCAAUAGGGCCGUCUUCUCCAUCUCUGCCAAUGGCCAAGCUGCCGAGGAAUUUUGGUGGGCCAAUGUCUUACAGAGCGAUGUUCUCACCUUCAACAAAACUGCGGGGAAGCUGCUUGGCUCGUCUCCCUUCCGUGAGGUGCAAUUGCUCAUCGAUGGCAAUCUUGCCGGUGUUCAGUGGCCUUUCCCCGUGAUAUUCACUGGCGGGGUGGUACCUAGCUUGCACCGACCCAUUGUCGGUCUUCAAGCUUUUGAUCUCAGAGAGCAUGAGAUUGAUAUUACGCCAUGGCUUCCUGUGCUAUGCGACGGUGCUGAACAUACCUUUGCCAUUAAGGUUCUCGGCCUGGAUGAUUCUAAAGGGAAUCGCAGCGUCGUCAUGAAAGAAAAUUUUAAUGAUAGUUGGUAUGUCACAGGCAAAGUCUUCCUAUGGUUGGAUGAGGAAGGGUCGGUGACUACUGGCGUCAACCCAGUAGUUGAGAUCUCCGAACCGAAUAUUGUAACUUCACGCUUCGUCACACAGAACUCGACAGGCUUCAACGAGACUCUCUCUUACAACACGACUGUCGAGAGAAUUGUAUCCAUCAAGUCAACGCUCAGCUCGAAGGCUCAGACCGGGGAAAGCAGCUGGUCCCAAUCGCUAUCGUACUCCAACCAAGGAUUUAUCUCAAGUUUUGGAGUCACUCAAUCCAACAACUUCACCAUUACCGGAGUAGAUUCCUCCGACAGCCCUGCCGCAACCUACAAGGCUGCGUAUGCCUACCCUCUCGCCUGCGAGCAAACAUACACGGUUUCGCCCAACGGUGACAUGAGUCUCCGUGCACAUCUCAUCCAGGGGAUGGAGGUACAAGUCGAAGGCGAUUCCGUUUUUCCGACGGGACUAGAGGCAUUCGAAGGCGCCUCUUCUACUGGAGAAAAAGGAGAGCCGUAUGCUGCGUCGCAUCUGAAGACUUACCGAGACGGCACCGCCUUUUUCUCUCAGACGGGAAACGGCAGGCACAGCUCCGGCCACGGCACGACUAACCAGGUCUUUUACUUUAGCGGGUCUAGAGAGAAGAGCACUCUAAGUGGAGAUGGAGGUAGCACGGACGAACUAUACUUCCGUAACGUGACCGCAGUCAACGGAACCAUCGUGUCCGACGCCGAGAGAAAGGUCGGCGUGGAAACUUUACGCUUCAGCAGGACGGGGGGACUUGGGGAGGCUACUGAGGAGGCGCUGGCCUUGUUCGCGCAGGUUCCGGAGAAGGCUGCGAUGUCAAAAGGGGCGCCUGAUGGAGUAGGAGGAGGAGGAGUAGGCGAUGAUAUUAGGUGGGCGCAUAGAGGACCUGCGGCGCAGGAAAGGCUUGGUUCAUAGGGACUAGCGAACGGGCGGAGAGUAUGGGUAUAUGGUAGGUAUUAGGUAGUCUGUAUGAAUAGAAAUAGCGUUGUUGAAGUACAUAUAUUUACUAGUAUGCGUGCCA